GGCGCCAGUUCGUCGCAUGUAUUCAGAGAGAGACCUUCAAUCGAUUGCGGUUCUAGAAUACAGUUCACGUUCAGCGCUCAUUCGCGACACAAAUCCUUCGCACAAUGUCUACUCCAGUGAAUCAAGAUUUACAUACCGUUGCUACAGGUAUCAGUAAAUUUUCGACUGAAUUUUACAAGGCUUUGGCGGAAGAUGAAACGUCAAAUUUCAUCUGCUCGCCGCUCAGUGUGUCAAUGGUAUUGUCUAUGGUUACUUUUGGGGCACGUGGAAAGACUGAAAAAGAACUGCGUAGUGCAUUGAGACUGUCUGAAGAUGAUCAAAUCAAUAAAAAUGGUUUCCAAUCACUUAUUGAUACUUUGAAUGCUGUUAAAAAAGUUGAGCUUCGUUUAGCCAAUAAGAUUUACCUCAACGUAGGACUUGACGUUAAAUCUGAAUUCAAAAUCUUAACGGAAACUGCAUUUCGAUCUGUAUCAGAGAUAAUUGAUUUCGGAAAAACAGUAGAGGCCAGCAAGACCAUCAAUAGUUGGUGUGAAGAAAAGACAAACAAUCGUAUAAAAGAUGUCAUACAACCAGAUGAUUUGGCAGACGCGAUGCUGGUUUUGGUGAAUGCUGUUUAUUUCAAAGGACACUGGAAACAACAAUUUGAUCCUGAUUCAACUGAACUUAGACCAUUCCAUAUAGACGAAAAUACUACCAAAGAUGUACCAAUGAUGUUCAACAGAGCUAAUUAUAAUUUCAAUCAACUUCCAGAGCUUGAUGCCAAUUUUAUCGAGCUUCCUUACGAAAGUAAUAAUUCGAGUGAUUCCAUAAGCAUGUUUAUUAUUUUACCGAAUCAAAUAAACGGUUUGAAGAAAAUCGAAAGUAAUUUACAUGAAAUAAACUUCAAAGAUCUUCAUAAUCCUCGCGGUGCUAUGGAAGUUGAAUUACAGCUUCCGAAAUUCAAAGUUGAGAGUAAAUUUGGGCUUGAAAGUACUCUUUCUAAAAUGGGAGUGAAAGAAAUUUUCGAAAAUUCUGCCGAUUUCCGAGGUAUUGCCGAACCUGCACAAUUGAAAGUUAGUAAAGUAAUUCAAAAAGCUUUCAUCGAAGUAAACGAAGAAGGAAGUGAAGCUGCAGCUGUAACUGCUAUGAUAGCAGUAGCCUACUGUCUGGUAGAGACACCAUCAAUUAUAGUGGACAGACCAUUUUUCUGUGCAAUAGUGGCAACUGAUACGGGAACGCAACUUUUUAAUGCACGCAUUAUUGAUCCGACAUUAAUUUAAAUUUUAUUCUGCCAAGUUAUGAUUAAAACUAUUAACAGCGAGCUAAUAUGAAAAUAUAUAUAUAUAUAAAAAAGCUGAAUAAAAUAUGUAAUAAAUGCAGUGUAUGCAUGUUAGAUUAUGUUACAGUUAUAUUUUUCUUACGAUAUAAUACGUUCCACCUACUCGAAUCUAUUUGACUUCCAAUAUACUUAUAUAGAUAUAUAUACACAUUUAUAUCCUUUAAUUUACUCCAAGCAAAAAUCGACUAUAAAUGUUAAAGCAAAUAGCUUCUCAUAAACUACAACUUAUAAUUAGGAAACAAUAAAAAGAAAAUAAUUAUUAAGAGUAAAAUAAAUUAUUGUGUAAUUUGUAUGUUAAUUUGUAACAAAUAAUUACUGUAUAGAAUGAUAAUAAAAUCAACUCCUGGUUGGUUAUUAAGAAUUAUUAACUAAGAUAACAAGAUAAAGUAUAUACUACGAAUCAGGUUGUGUAUAAUAACUCAUAUAGUAUUUGAAAUAUGCGAGUUAAUUAAAUUAUUAAUGGUAUAAAAAUAAAUAAUUUUUCUGAUAUUUGUUACAGCUGUGAUAGCAGUAGCCUACUGUUUGGUAUCGACACCAUCAAUUAUAGUGAACAAACUUUUUUUCUAUGCAAUAGUGGCAGCUGAUAUGGGAACGCAACUUUUAAAUGCACGCAUUAAUGAUCUGGCUUUAAUUUAAAUUUUAUUCUGCCACGUUAUAAUUAAAACUAAUAGCAGCGAGCUAAUAUGAAAAUAUAUAUAUAUAAAAAAGCUAAAUAAAAUAUGUAAUAAAUACAGUGUAUGCAUGUUAGAUUAUAUUACAGUUAUAUCUUUCUUACGAUAUAAUACGUUCCACCUACUCGAAACUAUUUGACUUCCAAUAUACUUAUAUAGAUAUAUAUACACUGGCUGAGCUCGUAACUGAUACUGUGGGUAUAUUACUAUUUUAUUAAUUUUUUUAUCGAACAACAUCAGAUCAAUGACGACGCAUCUUACACGAAGAAUCAUCGGCAUGAGAUUACGUUUAUUUAACGGAGCUCAGAGACGCUCUGUAGAUCAUCUUGGCCUAACAAACGCGACUAUAUUAUUAUUGCUAUUAAUGUACAUUCUUUGCUAAAAAAACGACUAGUAAUUAAACUAAUUUAUAAUACUA